AUGCUGACAGUAACGCCCCCAGGAGAAUAUUGGGAAAGUCGUCGGAUCUGUAUUCGACCACGGAGUCGGCUAGCACCCUAUCGAAGCAUCGAGUUUCCGAGUACACCAGAUCGUUUAGUCACAGCAACAUGUACCACGUUCACAGCAAAGGCACCGAUGCUACAGCGAGCAAGGCCUAUCAUCAGGCCAGAGCGGCAGGUACAUUGGCUGAUUUCGACAAGCAAUUCAGCUUCCAACCACGGGGACAUUCGUGAUCGGAUUGAAGAAGGUCCAAGAAUGGCGCUAUUGAUGUCGGAGGAAAAAAGAAGGGAAGAUGUGAGGAUGAGAACACCGGCAGCCCGACUUCGGGGGACUUCCCUCGAAUCGUUGUCACCUUGCGCAGAGACGCUUCCAUUCUUCGAUGCAACCUCCAAAAUCCAUGGCCUUCUCAGACGCUUGCUCGAUAGAUUCAAUCUUCUAGUCUUUGCUUUCAACUCUUGUGCAACGAUGCCCAUAGAUCCAGCGAACGAUCCAUAG